CAGAACUCCUUGGUGAUAGUUUGCAGCCAAACGGCGCCGGGACUUUGGACGCGCCACCGAGUUGCAGGCUAGUCAACUCUGAUCGACAAUUCUUCUAGCGAUAGAGGGAGAGUGAGGAGAGAAUGGGCUGGAUUGGGGCGAGCUUAGAGUCAAUCCGGGCUCUUCAGUUCAGGCAACUCCUCACGCAAGCCAUCACAUUAGGCAUUAUUUUAUCUACAGCACUAAUGAUAUGGAAAGGGCUAAUGUGUAUUACCGGAAGCGAAUCUCCUGUUGUUGUUGUUCUAUCAGAGAGCAUGGAACCAGGUUUUCAGAGGGGUGAUAUUCUGUUCUUACACAUGAGCAAAGACCCGAUUCGUGCUGGUGAAAUAGUUGUAUAUAAUAUCAAGGGACGAACUAUUCCAAUUGUCCAUCGUGUGGUUGAGGUUCAUGAGCGCCAAAUAACUGGAGAACUUGAUAUUCUCACAAAAGGAGAUAAUAACCGGGAAGAUGACAGAACCGGCCUAUUAUAUUCUCCUGGCCAGCUUUGGCUUGAGCAACAUCAUAUCAUGGGGAGAGCUGUAGGAUUUUUACCAUAUGUCGGUUAUUUUACAAUUAUCAUGACAGAUAUGCCAAUCUUGCAGUAUGUACUGAUUGGUUCCUUAGCAUUGCUGGUCAUUACAUCAAAGGAAUAGAAAAAUUUAGAGAAUGAAGGGGGUGCUUCAAUGGUGUCUUAAACAUGUGGAUAGGAGAAGAGUUGGAGAUUUGAGCUCUACAGCUAUAAUUCCUCACAUUAUGUUUUUGGGAGAAAAUUUAUUAUUGAUUCAGUGAUUAAUUCAACUUAAUAUGCAUUGUUAAUCUUAAUCAUACUUAAUAAAGAAUAUGUUUAUUCAGCUUAAUUCAAGCGCAUGUUCUAAGAGUUAUUUGUCAUUUGGAAGAAAUAAAAUUUUAAUAAUAUUUUCAUUUAUUUAUUUAUUUAUUUAUUU